AAAUUCAAGCCGACAACAAUAAAACAUAACCUCUUCUGUCAAAGUGUGUGAAAGUGUGUUCAAAGUUGUGUGUACUUAAAACAAAGAAUAAGAGGAAGACUUAAAAAGAAAACCGUGUGCCUAAAACCUAAGACCCGUUUCAAAUUGUUAUGCCCUUGUUAUACAGAGUGAGGCAAAAAACGAAAAUUAAGUUAACUGGUCGACCACUGGCGCAUUUAGGGUCGGUUUCUGAAACAAUUUAUCUAGACUUUAUUUAUAUUAGAUAGACCGGGCAUACUCUGUUCAAUUUGUUGUGAUGUCAACAUGUGCAGGUGAAAAAUUGAAAAUUUAACCGAGAAUGGGUAAAAUUUGUUUGUUGUGUCGAAGGAUACAGGAAAAAUUAUGCACAAGGUCUUAUCAUCGAUUUCCAAGUGAUCACACCGAAAGGGUGAAGUGGUUUGAAAAUCUCGAAAUACCACCAGUUUUUACAAGAAACAUUUAUCUUUGUUCAGACCAUUUUGACCCAAACAGUUUUCUUAUCCGGCCUUUGGGUCGACGUGUUUUAAAGAAGAACACGCGGCCACGGAAUAUGCCUUCAGCUAGUAAAGACCCUGAAUUUGACUCCGUUAGAACAAGUUCAAGUGAAAUAUCAUCAGAAGUAUCAGCAAAAACAGUAAAGGAAGUUGUGCUAAUUACACAUUGCAAAGAAGAAACAGCAGCCUCUCCAUUGGCAGUAUCACUAUCUUCAUCUCCAUUGGCAGUACCACUAUCCUCAUCUUCGGCAACAAAGUCGGCCACAGAAUCCGUUGCUGAUGAAGAACUUAGUAGUGAGCAUAUGGGCCUUCUUAAGGAAAGAAGCCUUGAUCAACAGUUACUUCGAAAAAGAAGAAAACCCGCACAUAGCAUUGUUAGUUCCACCACUGAGUCACUUGAGUCGGAAAAAAAGGCGCACGUUCCGAAUUUGAGCAAUGUUAAGUGCGGAAAAAAAAAGAAGUAUGUUAGAUAUGUGGGUGAUUGUUUAAUAGAUGACAUGAACAUCACACCAAGGAAAGCAAAAAGAAAUUGGCGUUUGGCCAAAUCAAGAAUAAUACUUCAGAGCAAACAAAUUAGGACUUUACAGCAACAAAACCGACGAUUAAGAACACGAGUUAAGACACUUUUACAACAUCUGGAAGACAAUAACUUGAAGUGAGAAUCGACAAAAAUGUCGAUAAGAUAGUUCUUUUCGAGCACUACAAGCUCCAUUAACCAGAUUUUAAUUUCUCUUACUCCUGCAGGCGGAAAAAAAUAAAAACUAAUUUCUCAUGUUAAUCUCCUAUAUCCAAGCCUGCCUGGAACACCCGGUAUAUCGAAACCGAAAAUUACUCUGUUGUAAUGAUAGUGACCCUCCCUUAACUCCACAAAACAGUCAAUGAGUAAUUAGUUUUUAAUAACUGUAUCAAUCGAUAAACUUUAAUAUGUUAGGUGUCAAGAGUAAAUUGGAAAUUCCCCCUUUUUAAUUAAUUGUACUUACAAUAAUUAAAUAAUUUGUAACAAUUAAAUUAAAAUAAUGAAAUAAAAAAAUACUUAUUCUUGUGUUCGUUGAUUUGAGUAGUGCAAAAUGCCACAAUUAUUAUUAAUUUUACUAAAACUGGGCAAAAUUCUGAUAAU